AUGCCCGGUAGCAAACAGGAAAAGAAAGUCACGCCAGCGAAACUCCAGCCGCCGAAACAAAGGGAAACGAAGAAGCCACUCUCGAUCGAAUGGACUGAGACAGAGAAACAGGAGCUUGACUUCGGAAGGUUUGUAGGUUUAGCGUUUUCUGGUUUUGUCCUUGCGGUCUAUCUUCGUACUAUGCACCCAACUGUUGCUGGUGGCGACAGCGGUGAGCUGAUGGGAGCAGCAUGCGAGCUUGGGGUAGCUCAUCCACCGGGAUAUCCUCUUUUCACGAUGCUGUCGUGGUUGGGUAUUCAGCUCAUUCCUGUGGGCAGCCCAGGCUAUCGUAUGAACUGUGUGUCAGUCAUCUUUGGUGUAUUGGCUUCAUUCUUUCACUUCAAGACUGUUCUUCGAUGGCACCUGGGCUUGUACCAUCCCCGGGGCCCAGACAACCCUUGGAUAGGAUCUGCUUGGAUCGCGAUGCUUUCUUCAGGGCUCAUGUCGUUUUGUCCGUUGAUCUGGCAAUACAGCACACAUACCGAGGUCUUCGCGAUGAACAACAUGUUCAUCGCCAUUCUCCUAUACCUCACUGUGCGAUAUGUGCAAGAAUCGCAAGUUAAGUUCGCAAGAUUAGGCGCACUCUUUAUCGGUCUUGGCUUGACCAACCAGCACACCCUCGUCCUCUAUGCCUUUCCUCUAGUCCUGUGGAUGCUGUACAUCGGUAGACACGAGCUGCUAAGCUUCAAAGAAAUGAGCAUCUUGGUGCUGCUGGGGCUGCUGGGACUUUCUCCUUACCUCUACCUCUUCUGGGCUGCUACUCACGCUCCUCUUGGCUCGUGGGGCGACACCUCCACUCUCAGCGGAUGGCCGGCAGUUGGUUUCUGGACGCACUUUCUGCGCAAAGAGUAUGGGACCUUCGCCUUGUACUCGGGGAAGGAAUCUCCAAGUGGACUUAAGCAGCUGCUCUUGGCGAUGAGGCUCUACUCGCUCAGCAUCUUUCGCUCAGACUCUCUCUUCCUCGGUUUCGCUGCUCCCUUCGGCUUGUUUUCUUCCGUCUACCAGAACGGAUUCAAGACGUUCGGGGCAGUGAUUGCUUCUAUGAUGAUAUUUUACAUGGUUGUGUUUCACUACCUCGCCAACCUCCCGCUUGACAAACCGCUCUUCUUCGGCGUGCACGUUCGCUUCUGGAUGCAGCCGCACAUUGUUGUCUUCGCUUUCCUCGGCAUCGGCGCCGAUAAGAUUUUUUCUCAUCUUGGGAGUUUCCGGCGGCCUGUCGUCAUUCUCUUCACCCUAGCAGCAGUCACUGCUCAGCUGGGGGUCAACUGGGAGAAGAUGGAUCAGAGUGACAACUGGUUCACACAUGAUUUUGGCAAAGCCAUGCUCGACCAUAGGCCGGAGCACGCGGUUCUGUUGACUCAAGGUGACGUGGUAACCAACUCCAGAUGCCAGAAGUACCGACUUGAUGUUGCACAUCUUGACAUGCCAAUGAUGACCUACGAGUGGUUCAAGACCAUGCAUGGCCCUCACUUUCCGCACCCUCCAUGGGCUCCUCCCAUGAAAUUCCCUGGAGUUCAAUUUGCUGUGGGUGGAACCCCGCUCAAGGAGCAUAGGAAAUGCUGUCCAUAUUCGAUGAAGCAGUUUCUUGACGCCAACUUCCCCUCGAAAAGACCGUUUUAUCUGGUGGGAGGAUGGUACGGCACUGAAUUGUCGAACGGGCAGCAACCUCCUGGAAUUCCUGGGUACUACACUGAGCCUGUGGGGACGGCUAUGCGGAUUAUAGCAGGGAGGAAGCGACUCAAGAGUAAGGAGUACAAGGAGGAGUACACCAUACUCGUCAACUACAUCAGCUACUCCCAGGCUCUCUGGGUAAACAGGAUGGAGCGAGCAGUCGCCAAAGGCAAGGAGCCGGACCCUUCCCCGUGGAUCAAGGAGCAGAAGGAACUUGCAAAGGUCAUCAAGAAUCUCGAGAAGCUCAUCGCGCUUGCUGAGAAGGAGGGGAUCGUGGAAGAAGACCUGUACCGCAAUACAGGCAUUGCAUAUGGAAGACUCAAGUGUGAAGAACCAAACCUGUAUCCCAAGGUCGACUGCCUCGGACAGGGGCAGACGAAGAUGCGAGCGAUGAUGAAGAAGUUUCUCGAGGUGACCAAGAAGCCCAAGCAUGAAACACAAAACGAAAAGCUUGUGGUUGACAAUCCGACGAAAUUCAUCAACCUCGGUUGA